ACCCUGAAGUUUUUGGCUGUAUUACUGGUGGCAGGAAUGCUUGCAUUCCUUGGUGCCAUCAUAUGCAUUAUAGCCAGUGUCCACCCAGCCACCAAGGGACCUGUCCUUGGUGCUGAAAAUGAGUCUGCUCCAGCUGCUCCCAUAGAGAAGAGCCUAGGAGCUCUCCAUGGUGUUAAGACAUUGUAUGGAUCAAAGGAUGCAUUUCUUGAGCUCUCCGGAUCCAAGUCCCAGGGUGGCCCAAGCUUCAGCAGGCUCCUGUGUACACCUCUGGCCAUGGAGUGCCCCUCUGAUGUGCAGAGAGACUCCCCACAGCCUGCAGGGGAAGAGGUGCUUUCCUUGCAGAACACAGCAGAACAGCUGAGGCAGACGGUGCUGCAGCAGAAAAAGCAGAUCCUGACUGAUCAAGAGGCAAUCAGAGAGCUCACAGGGAAGCUAAAUCGUUGUGAGAAUGGGCUGGAUAAGGGCUACCAGGAGGGAGCUGAUGGCUGGGGGCACAAGGAAGGAGCCAUGGGAGACCUGCCUCUGGAUUCCCCCCAAGCAGUACAGGAACUGGAAGAGGCAGUCAGGACACUGAAAGAUCGUAUUGAAAAGAUUGAGUUGGAAAUUCAGCAGCGAAUGAACAAUAUGACCACUCCAACAUCCACUUCUCCUUCACCUCUCCAUGGACGAGACUCCUUACAGUCUAAGCUACUUGAGCUAGAGGCUCAACUUUUGGCUAAACUAUUAGAGCUGGAAAAGGAGCAGACAACAGCUUCAGGGGAGAGAGACAAGCAGGACAUAGAGAAGGAGCUGAGCAUCUUACAAAACCGCAUUGCAGAGUUGGAACAAGGUCACCCUGGAUACCACCCUGAGAACUUCAAGCUUAGUUUUUCAGUUCGUACUAACUACAUGUAUGGACGGAUGAAGAAGACUUUACCAGAGCUCUAUGCCUUCACCAUGUGUUUGUGGCUGAAAUCUAAAACAACUUCAGGAUCUGGGACUCCUUUCUCUUAUUCUGUCAAUGGUCAACCAAAUGAGAUUGUCCUUCUUGAGUGGGGUCAUAAUCCAAUGGAACUUCUCAUCAAUGAUAAGGUUACUCAACUGCCAGUCAGCCUUAAAGAUGGAAAGUGGCACCAUAUAUGUGUGGCCUGGACCACAAGGGAUGGAAUGUGGACAGUCUUCCAGGAUGGAAAAAAGAAAGGAUCAAAAGACAACCUAUCUGCUUGGCACCCAAUCAAGCCCAAUGGUGUCAUCAUCUUUGGUCAGGAACAAGAUGCUGUAGGUGGACGUUUUGAUGCAACCCAGGCAUUUGUGGGAGAGUUGGCACAGUUCAAUAUGUGGGAUCGUGUUCUGACUGUCAGUGAAAUAGAGGGAAUUGCCAACUGCACAAUGCCUUUGUCCGGUAACCUAAUCCAGUGGGAUGACCGUCAGGUUGAUGUUUUCGGUGGAACAACAAAGAGCCCAUUUGAGAGCUGUGAAGAACGUUUGGGUCACUAA